AUUGUUUGCUCACUUUGGUAGCAUGUUCGCUUGAGAUACAACUCCCAAGAAAAACAACAAAAUUGGCAAAAACCGCGUGCAAUUCGGUUAAAUAAAUAUUCACAACAUCUAAGCGCGGCUUCGCAGCAACAUUUAAACAAUAUGCAAGCAGCUCGAGAGCGUCGCUUGACUGCCUAACUGUGGCUGAAAAAAGUGCGCGUGUUUGUGUGGCCCUGUGAAACAGUGAAGAAAAAAGUCGCCGCUGCCCCAGCGAGGGUAACUGGGCGCAUAUACAGAAAACUAUACCCCAAAAUAAAUUGGCGCCAUUGUAAUGCACCAUGAGCCAAACAACAACCUCAACAGCAACAAAAAGCGAAAUGUCCAAAACAAAUGAAGCCUUUGAUGAGGAGCUAUUUGAGACGCGGCUCGAAGCGCUCAAGGACACGCAGGAGUGCAUACAGCAAAUGUCCAGCUGGUGCCUGCAGCAUCGCAUCAAUCACAAGAAGAUCAUCCAGUGCUGGUUGAACGUAUUCAAACGAGUUCGAGUCGAUCAUCGUUUGGUUCUGUUCUAUCUGGCCAACGAUGUCAUCCAGUACAGCAAGCGCAAGCGGUACGAAUUUGUUGAAUGCUGGGCGACGGCGCUCCAAAGGGCCACCACUAUGGUGCGCGACGAACGUGUGAAGAGUAAAAUCUUGCGCAUUUUUAAAAUCUGGGAACAGCGCGAAAUCUACAACGAAGAAUUUCUGAGCGAUCUGAGCGGCCUUCUUAAUAUAGCGCCACCCAAGAAAGCCCCAGCCAGCGCAGAUCCAAGUAAUGAGUAUCAGAAUGCCACGCUCAUUGCGCAAGUACGUGAAUGUGUUGAGCUGGCCGAGACGACGGACAAGAGCAUGAAGAAGCUACCGAAGCCACCGAAUUUCGAAAUCGAAGCCAUCAAGCAACAGCUGAAAGACAAAAGCCACUCGGGCGACAUCGAAAAGGAGGUGGAACGCUGUGUGGCCUUCAUCAAUGCGUACAACAAGAAUCUCCAAAACGAGAUCAAGAGUCGCAAAGCAGUGCUGGAGUCGAUCGAGGCAGCCAAAAAAUUCUACGAGCAUCAGGGCCGUGAGGUUAAAGUUGUGGCAAGCGCAUAUAAAAGCUUUGGCACACGCAUUAAGAUAGUCAAGCGGAAGCUGGACGAGGUUAUACCAACGCUAUCCAGUCCGAUACCCUCACCGGAUAUCAAUGCACCCUCACCGGAACGAGAUGCAGAUCUCCAGCUGCCGGAUGAGAACAAUUCACCGCUGGGCGUGAAUAAGGCGAUAUUGGGAAACCUCCUAUAUAGUUCUUCUGGUUUUUAUGUUCCUCAGAACUUGUUCAGCGGCAGCGGUCUUAAUGGAUUUGCUAGCUAUCUGGAUGGCGGCCAGCUGCCGUUCGAUAUCAACGACUUUAAGCGUGAGUCGAGCGGCAAGGAUCGUGGCAGUGCCAUUGAGGUGAUUGGUUCGCGUUCGGAUGACGAGAGCUAUACGCCCGGCUCCAAUUAUUAUAAGCCCGAGCCGUUGAGCAGAAGCUACAGCAAUACCAAUGCCAACGGCAACGGCGGCAGCGUUAUACCGGGCCUGGGUGGCAGUGGCAACGGCGGAGGCAGCGGCGGCUCCAGCGAUGAAUACAAUCCCAGCCAGGGGGUCUCAGCCUAUGGUGGUGUGUUGCCACCACCAGCGCCGCCCAUAUUCGGUGGCCCGGCACAAGAAUAUGCGCCGCCACCGCCGCCGCAUCUUGGCUACGGUCCGUCGGAUAGUCAGUAUACGCCCGCGCCUUUGAGUACCAAUCCGAUGGCACCGCCGCCGCCGAUGCCGGCGGCCAUAACGGCGUCGGGCAGCGUGGACGACUUCAACAGCACCUGGGACAUGAGCAUGACCUGGACGCCGCACGACACCAGCCUGAACAGCAGCGGUGCCAGCUCCAGCUAUACAGCACCGACGCAAUCGACGCCGCACUCGCCGCCCCACUUCGAGCGCAAAGGCAGCAGCGCGCCCAUUGAGUACAGUGAACAUCAUAAUGUGUCUGCGCUGGGCGCACAGGAUGUGGAUCAUCGAACGAUCCAGCUGCCGCCGGCAUUCAAUUUUCGGGCCAAGUCAGCGCUGAGCGAUGAGCAAACGCGGCAAUUGGUGGACAUUGAUCAUAGGAAUUUAAUAUCGCUGACUGGUUCGCCAGGCGGUGCCGAUAAGGACUUUGGCGUUGGCGAUGUCGAUUACCGCAAAGCGCCCAAAACGGAGGAGGCCGGCAGUGCUAUACGCAGUCUGGGCAACAAUUCACCCAUGAUGGCGCCGCCUGGCAGCUAUGUGAAGAAGACUAGCUCGCCGCAGAAAUCCAAUGCGAGCUCCUCUUCGGAAUCAGAUCGGGUGGAUAGCUCGGCACGCUAUGAUCCCGCAGAUAUGGUUGUCGAUAUGGACAUGUCCGAUGAGGAUCUGGAGGAGUCGCAGAUAGAGCUCAAUGCCAAUGCGGAGCAGCUGCAUCUAGACAAUGCCGAUGGUGAACUGGAUGCCAAUGGCGCCUUAACUCCCCGUCCCGUGCUGCUAGAAACGCCGCAGGACUUUCAAUGGGAUGCUAACAACAGUUUUCUAACGGCACCGGGCGCCGGCAACAUGCAGGACAUGCAGCAGCAGGCCGAUGCACAGCAACAAAUGCAACAGCCGCCGCCGUUGCCGCCACAGCAACAGCCAUGGAAUCAAAUGCAACCGCCAAUGCCCUGGAACGGCAAUGAGGGCAACAAUGGAGCGGCUGGUGUGCCGCCACCGCCGAGACCGCCGUUUACAGGCGGUCCGUUUUCGUUUCAGCCAUUUGGCAACAGUCCUGAUAAUAUGAGUCGCGGACGUGGACGUGGUCGCGGCUGGUCGGGACCGUAUAGACCCAAUUAUCAACGUAUGCCCGGCCCCUUUGAUGGCGGACCGGGGCCAGGACCGCGUCCGUUCUUUCAACGUGGCGGCGGACCCAUGCGCAACAAUGGCGGACGGGGGCGCAUGCGUGGUAAACCUUGGAUGUAAUUACGUAUUAUAGCUUCAAUAUAGCAUACACAUACACACACCCACGAAUAGCCACACAAACACACACACGCGUAUGGAAGUGCAUAGUUUAUUUUAGUUGUUAGUUGACUUUAUCUCAUUUGGAUUUAGCCUUACGACACAUAUACAGCCCCCAACACACACACACACACACACGCGCGCGCGCUUAGUUUUAAUUAUCUUGCUUCAAAGCUGUGGAUCGUUGGCUAUUUAAUAAACUAUAUAGAAGCCCACUUGGACGCAACAGUAUGGACAUCAAGCUAAAUGCGAGCUAUGUUUAAGCAUAAAGUUUUAUAAUUUCCUGAUAUAAAUACAAUAUAAUAUAUAUAUUAUAUACAUAUAUACGACAAUUUUGCACCUAGUCCCCCUUCACGAUUUUGUCUUGACUCUAAUAUAUAUAUAUAUAUAUAUAUGGUUAAAAUUAUGGCAUGCAUACCUAGUUGGGGUUAUACUAAAAGAGAUGCAUCUGAGAAUUUAUAAAACAAAUUUUUGGAGUGAUUAGAACAGAUUUGAAGAGUUUAAUAAACUGCAUCCACCAUCAUUACGAUGUGAAUUUUUGGGUUUGUCUGGGUCGUACCUCAAUGAACUCUUGUUGCUUUUAUGACAGAAUAUUUUGAUUUCUUACAAACCCCCAAAGUUCUGUGCCAAAUUUCUGUUUAUUUCCCAUGUGGCCUAUAAGUUUUGAAUGAAAAGUCAACGAUACAAAUCUCGAUAUCAAUUGCUCUCACCCCACACAGACAAACACAAAGUAAAACACACACUUCAAGACUUGUUUAGAAACAUAUUACAAAAAAUUUCCUUUAAGUUUAGAGUUGCCUUAGUUUAUAAAUAUUAUAUAUACUUUAAAAAUAUAUAUGUAACCUAACUUUAGUUAACUUCAAACAUUGCUUUUAGUUUUCAGACCUAGACGUAAGCAAAAGUUUAAUGUAAAUAAUAUAAAUGUAAUUAUUAAGUUAACAACUAAAUGUAUCUAAUUGAGCUUUGGUUUUGCCAAAGUUUUACGCUCUUCACUAAAUGUCUACAUACAAGAAAUAUUUAAAUUAUAACCCUCUGUUCGGAUAAAAA